AUGGUUGACGGUCAGCGGAUGUACCUGAAGCGCGGGAAAGUUCGCUUCCUCUCACAGGCUUGGCUCGUUCCGCCGCAAUGGGACGAGCUGAUGGGUGAGGGGUCCUAUGCUGAGGCGAAAGCGGCAGAGAUCUGCUGCGUGGCAAAAGACAUUGCCGCUCGAGAACUUGGCAGCGCUACACGAUGGAGAGAGGUACAAUUCUGGGUUGACAAAUGCUGCAUCCCACAAGGUGACCGAGAGCUCACGGGUUGGUGCGUGAACCUCCUAGAGGAGUACAUCGUGUUUUGCGACGGCCUCGUUGUUCUUGCCACAUGGACAUAUUUUACAAGGCUUUGGUGCGUAUAUGAGUGGGCGUGCUUCCUCCUCGUCCACGACCCUAUGAACAUCGAGAUUUGUGCUGAUCCCUUCGUGCGAGGCAGUACCUUGCCUCUCUUCCUUGACGCCAUCGGCAAUUUCAAGCUAUCUUCCUGCCAGUGCUACCGCGAAGAGGACCGCAAGAUCUUGCACAACAAGGUGAAGAAGUACUACAAGUCCACAGAGCUGUUUGAGAAGUUUUUGAAGUUCACGGCCAUCGCCCUCUUCGCACGCUGCACCGCCCGGAGGCGCUCAGCAAAGGCAGUAUCCGCAUUGGCACCUUGGCGACAACUCGCAGAGCGCCAGAGGUUUCCCAGACUUGCGGAUCGGAUUUCCGAGAUGAUGAGCUUGCUCCCGGAAUGGCGAGAAGGCGCUGUGAUCAGCGCCACCGGUGGUGGGACCAGCGACGUGCAGACAGCAGUACUGCACCAAGUUGAGGCGUGGUUCGAAGAAAAGAUGGUCCCUCUGAUUUUGCAGAUGAGAAAAGAGGCGGCCACUGAACAGGGGCUUAACAUCAUUCAGGAUCUUCAAGAAACAGCUAGGCAAAUUACUGUUUGUGAUUUUGAAAGAAGCGUGCUAAAUGCAUGCAUUCAUGAAGAGGCAGUCUAA